AUGCCGAAGAAACCACCAAAGAAUGCAUUCUACUUCUUCAUGUUAGAUUUUAAAGAAGAACAAAGAAAGAAGGGAAACAUGUUGAAAAAUAUGGCUGAGGUUGUCGAGGUUGCAGGCCCAAUAUGGAAGGACGCACCUCCCUCAAUGCGUGCCAAGUAUGAAGCUCGUGCUAAAGAGGAGAAAAACAAAUCUAACAUACCAACUAAGAAAUUCACUUCUACUGGAAUGUCCAUAGCAGAAGUGGACAUGAUUGAACAAGAGAAACGGGAAAUGGAGGAACGCGAAUUGAAUGACAUACAGAACUUUGUUAAUGUAAAUUCUGUUACAAAGAGUAUACGUAACAGGGACAUAUACAUCAUAGAUGUAAAUUACUAUUGCAAAGUUAGAAACAGAUAUGUGAUUGGAGAGAGCACAAUUCUGCGAUUCAGCUUGGCAGAUGGAAUCAAAGAUUUAUAUCACGAGAUGAUUAAUCCAGGGCGCAUUGAACGGGGCUAUGCAUAUGAUGUCAAAAUGGGAAGUAAGGAGUUUGGCCUCGAGAUGCCCGAUGAAGAUUCUACUCCAAGCAAUUAUAUGCAGAUUUUGGCAAACGUCAUCGAUUACUUGAAGCGGAGUGACCCCAGUGCUAAGGUGCUGCCACCUAUCUUCACAAUGCCAGAGAAAGUGGCACCGGUGCAAGACUUCAUUUAUGAAAUGUGCAGCCGAGCUUCUGAAGAUGAGAUGUUAUUCCGCGUGUACAAGAUAGACACACUCUUCUAUUACCUGAAGAACGCAAUAAGUGUUCAGCCAACCGAUUUGUUCCCCAAGGAAUCGCUGCCUUUAGUGCAGCUAAAGAAGGACCCUUUUAAAUAUUCACCGGGGAUUGGUUGUGAUCACCACAAUAAGAUAGAUCUGACGACAGAAUGUACUAUGUCGCGUGCGCAGCGUCUCGCGUUCACCAUAAUGGACUCGUGCUGCCCAGUAUUGGGCGUGGACAUGGAGGCCGGGAAGCAUUUGCCGCCCGACUUUGAUGUUGAACAAAUAAUAGAAACUCAAGUUCAAAGGAGGAAAGAGGUCAGUUCUUCGAUUGCCGCUUUAACGAAACAAACAAUGAACAUAAGUUUUGACUUGGCGAACUCAUCUAGCGAAAGCGUGCUUUCGGAGAAUAGACACGUACCACUGCGAAUGCCCAAAAGAACUGGUGGCCCUCGGGUGGAGAUCGCUCCAGAGUUAUCAGAGAUCGAGUUUCCCAGUCUAGCGCUGGCUGGACGAGGUCGCGGUAUGGGAUCGUCUCGCAGUCUCAGAGGCAGCCAAAGUAAGUUUCAGUAA